CAUGUGUGACGUAGGUUUUUCAGUUAAAAACAUCCUGCCUCCUCGGCUCGACCGUUAGUGGCGCUGAAGCUAACGGGAGCGGAGGGUGCUGUCCUUCUGUUGGUCGUUUCUCCGAAAACUCAUAAAAGAACUCCACAUUAGAAAGUAGGCCGCUCAGUUUAGAGAUAAUGGCGGAAGGAGACAACAAAAGCGUGAACUUGAUGGCCCAGGAGACGGCCCAGCUGGAAGAGCAGCUGCAGUGCUGGCGUGAGGUGAUCCUGGCUGGGGAUCAGGUCCUGCGUUGGGAGAAGCCCUGGUUCCCCGGAGCGCUGAUGGGCGCGACCACCGUGCUCUUCCUGCUCAUCUACUACUUGGACCCAUCAGUGCUGACCGGCCUGUCCUGCACCGUCAUGUUGCUCUGCCUGGCCGACUACCUGGUGCCCACCCUCGCCCCCCGAGUGUUUGGCUCCAAUAAGUGGACCACCGAGCAGCAGCAGCGUUUCCACGAGAUCUGUGGGAACCUGGUGAAGACUGAGCGCCGCAUCGUGGGCUGGUGGAAGCGCCUCUGCACCCUCAAGGAGGAAAAACCCAAAAUGUACUUUGCCUCAGUGAUCAGCAGCCUGCUGGCUGUGGCCUGGAUCGGACAGCAGGUGCACAACCUGUUCCUGACGUACCUGAUCGUGAGCUUCCUGCUGCUGCUGCCCGGCCUGAACCAGCACGGCAUCAUCACGAAGUACGCCGGCAUGGCCAAGAGGGAGAUCAACAAACUGAUGAAGCAGAAGGAGAAGAAGAACGAGUAGAUGAGCGUUCGCUGUGAAGAGGGGAAUCUCUGCAAGACGAGAAAACGCAACAGGACGAUGGGAAAGUGGAGGAAAGUGAAGAAAAAGGAGCAGGGGAGUUUAAAAAGUCCUCCUGCUGCCCGGGUCUCUGCACUUUGUUUUGAUUUUCACACAGUUUCAUUUCUCACACACACAUUUAAACCUCAUCACACACAAGGUUUUAUUUUGCUUUUGAAUUAACCUGCCAUGCAUGCUGCCACCAAAUGAAGGUGAUCACACGUGGAAAUGUCCCAGUCAAACAUCAUCCUUCUGUUUCUUAGAUCAGCUGUGCUUCGCUUGAAGGCGUCGAUGCUUUCAAAGCCGUUCCCUCUACUUAGACUACUGAGCAGUUUGUGUAGCAUUGCUGCCUCAUUUUAACCUCUCAGACAGCAAUGAUUUUUUUUUUUUGGGGGGGGGGAUUAACAGCAGGUCUUUUUACGUUUUUGUGCUUCUUCUGCUUCACUUGUUUGAAUUUAGUGCUGAAAACAAAACUGGAUUUGAAGCGGAGCUGAAACUGUUGGUAGAGACAGGCCUACUGCUGUACCGCUGCUAGCUGGACUCUGUUAGUGCUGGGAUGAAACCCCACAGUGCGUCGGUGACGUGGGGCGUCUCUGUAAAUAGGCCCCACCCUUUCUUCUCUGUCCCCGUCUGUCCUUUUCUUGUUAUUUAUGUGUUCGUUUCUCCUCAGUCUUCUUAUUUCUGGUAUUUCAACUCAUUUCAUUAUUUGUGUUUAUUGGAGAUCUUUACACACGAAUAAAGUGAUUUAAAUGA